UUCUUCUUCUCUCUCCAAUAAAAGUAGAAAUCAAUAAUCAACAUGUUGUCAAAAUUGUUCACCAUCGCUGCUAUUGCAUUGACUGCCGUCCACGCCCAGACUGCCUCAACAUUUGCUUUUACCGAGACAUAUCCUACCUCUGGAUCCAAGCCUACCCCCAAGGCCGAGUGGGUUACUGAGAUGAAUGCUGGAAGCAUUGCCGCCGCACCAGUUCUCAAGGAGAGCGGUAGCAAUGGUCCCAAACAGACUGGAAGCGGUGAUACCUACUGCGAUUGGACAUUCACUGGCUGCACUCGCGCAACCGAUAUUGUUGCAUGCCCCAAGGGACAAUGGGGUAUCACUUACGACGAUGGACCAACCCAGUUCAGCAGCAAGCUCUACGAUUUCCUCGACACAACCAAGCAAAAGGCAACUCUUUUCAUGAUCGGUGGACAGGUCGUCCAGUACCCCGAACUUGUCAAGCGUGCCUUCGACAGUGGCCACGAAUUGGCUAUCCACACCUGGUCUCACUCUUACCUCACCACCCUCAGCAAUGAGCAGAUCGCUGCUGAGCUCAAGUGGACCGAAUUGGCUAUCAAGGAAGUUACUGGUGUAUCCCCACGCUUCUUCAGACCUCCUUAUGGUGAUAUCGAUGAUCGCGUUCGUGAUAUUGCAAAGAACUUGGGUUUCACUCCCGUCAUCUGGAACCACGAUACCGAUGACUGGAUGCUUGCCGAGAGCACCUCAUUCAAGGAAAGCUGGGUCGACGGUAACGCCACCCAGUGGGCCAACAAUGCUGCCACCUCUACUGUCGGUGGUGUGUCUCUCGAGCACGAUCUCUACGAAAAGACUGUUGACGCUGCCAUUCGUAUCUUGCCUAUUCUCCAAAAGGCCUACAGUGUCACCACCGUCGGUGCUUGUUCUGGUCAAGCCUCGUACAAGGAAGGUAGCGUUCCCGUCAAGAACGCCACUUCUUCUGCCGUGCCCUCUGCUGCUUCUUCUGCCGGUAUUUCUUCAGGCAUUGCUGGUCCUUCCUCGGCUGGUCCCAACUCUUCCUCGGCUGCCUCUUCCAGCGGUGUCAUUGCUGCCGGAAGUGCCAGCCAGGCUGCACUGGAUUCUGGUGCUGCUGGUGUUGCCAAGCCUGUAUUUGCUACCCUUGCAUUGGUUGCCGUCGCUGCAAGCUACCUUGCCUAAUUCCUGUUAUAUUAUAUUUUCUUUAAUUUUCUAUACUUUUUGUUUUAUUUUCUUAAACAAAAACAAACUUUCCCCCUUCCACGCACUAUAUACACUCUCACAUACACACUCUCACAUUAGCACACAUACUUUUAUUACAAAGUUAAUAUCUAUCUACCUAUCUUCCUCUAUAUAUAUAUAAUCUCUCAUUUUCCUCUUUUUUUAAAGAAAAAAUUGUUUAAAUAAAUGUUCUAUUUUUUUGUAUAAAU